AUGACAUCGAUAUCAUUUGGGGACAGAAAUCGUGGACUCCAGGUUGGGCAGAGCAGUGGCUCGAUCCACGCUGAAAUUCAUCUGCCUCCAGAGCGACUAGAAACUCCGCCGAACCCAUUAUCAACUGUCCCAUUCGCACGCGAUCCAGACUUCGUCUAUCGUAGGUCCCUGCUUCAGUCGAUUCACGAGAAAAUCUCGAUCCCAGGAUCGAGAAUAGCCCUAGUCGGCCUCGGCGGUGUCGGGAAAUCGCAACUUGCCAUCGAAUACUCGUAUCAGAUCCGAUCAGAGUCACCAGAGACAUGGGUUAUCUGGGUCCACGCAAGCAAUGAGGCCCGAUUCGAGCAAAGUUUCCGAGACAUCGCCGACCAGCUAAAGAUCCCUACUCGUCAAGAUCCUAAAUCCAACAUAUAUAAACUGGUCGAAAACUGGCUGCAGGAUGAGAACAAGGGAAAAUGGAUUUGUAUCCUUGAUAAUGCGGAUGAUGACAAGUUCCUUUGUUCGCCUCCGGCAGCUAGGAAAGGGUCUUUAAUGAAAGCGCCACCAAACGCCUCAACGAAACCUCUUUUAGAAUACGUUCCCAGAUGUCGGAAUGGAUCUAUAAUCAUCACAAGUCGAAGCAGAGAGGCUGCGCUCAGGAUGGUCAAGCAUAAGGACCUUAUUGACGUAAACCCGAUGGCAAGGUCUGAGGCACUAGAGCUUCUUCAGAAGACUCUUGAUCAACCCGAGGAAAGCCAAGAGAGCCAACAGUUAGUGGAAGAACUCGAGUUUAUGCCGCUUGCAAUAGCCCAGGCCGCAUGCUAUAUUCGAAAUCGGGCGCCUCGCUAUUCAGCCGGUCACCUUGACCGGGAUUGGGAAGCAAAGAACUCAAUUCUAGUGACUUGGCAAAUAUCAUUUAACUAUAUUCGCGACGAAAAGCCAUCUGCAGCGGAACUACUUUCUCUUAUGAGCUUUUUCGAUCGACAAGGCAUACCGGAGAGUGUUAUCCGCCAGCCACCGGCUAGCUGCACCUCAAGGACAGAACUCUUCGACAACUCUUGUGACGGGGAAACAUCUGAAUCCGACGGAGGUCUGGAAUUUGAAGAUGAUGUUACAACUUUACGGAAUUACUCAUUCAUAUCUAUUAGCGAGAAUGGGACUUCCUUUGCUAUGCAUCGACUAGUGCAACUGACUACGCGCGCAUGGCUGAAAUCUCAUGGAGAAACAGAACGGUGGAGGGAAACAUUUAUCGCUAAUGUGUACGGAGAGUUCCCUACGGGUCGAUAUGAAAAUUGGGGGAAGUGCCGGUCUCUCUAUCCUCACGUUCGGUCAGCGAUGUCUCAACGGCCAGAAUCACGAGAGUCUCUCUUGAGAUGGGCCACGCUACUUUAUAGAGGCGCAUGGUAUGCGUCAGAAAGCGGCCAUAUUGCGGAUGUAAGGGAAAUGGCAUCGAAAUCGCAAAAGCAUAGAGUCGAACUGCUAGGUGCGGAGGAUGACGAGGCCCUUGCGAGUACGGCGAUGUUGGCUGAAGCCUAUUCACUAGAAGGCCGAUGGGAGGAGGCGGAACAGCUCUUCGUGCAGGUCAUGGAGACUCGCAAGACGAAGCUCGGCGUGGACCAUCCCGACACGCUGACGAGUAUGGCCAACCUGGCAUCGACGUAUAGGAACCAGGGCCGAUGGGAUGAGGCUGAACAGCUCAACAUGCAGGUCAUGGAGACUCGCAAGAUGAAGCUCGGUGUGGACCAUCCCGACACGCUGACGAGUAUGGCCAACCUGGCAUCGACGUAUUGGAACCAGGGCCGAUGGGAGGAGGCUGAACAGCUCAACAUGCAGGUCAUAGAGGCAAGGAAGACGAAGCUCGGCGUGGACCAUCCCGACACGCUGACGAGUAUGGCCAACCUGGCAUCGACGUAUAGGAACCAGGGCCGAUGGGAUGAGGCGGAACAGCUCGACGUGCAGGUCAUGGAGACUCGCAAGACGAAGCUCGGUGUGGACCAUCCCGACACGCUGACGAGUAUGGCCAACCUGGCAUCGACGUAUUGGAACCAGGGCCGAUGGGAGGCGGUGGAACAGCUCGACGUGCAGGUCAUGGAGACUCGCAAGACGAAGCUCGGCGUGGACCAUCCUGACACGCUGACGAGUAUGGCCAACCUGGCAUCGACGUAUAGGAGCCAGGGCCGAUGGGAGGAGGCGGAACAGCUCUUCGUGCAGGUCAUGGAGACUCGCAAGAUGAAGCUCGGCGUGGACCAUCCUGACACGCUGACGAGUAUGGCCAACCUCGCUUCCACCUGGAAAUCCUUAGGGUAUAAUACCCAAGCUCUCGAGUUACUACGAGAUUGCCUGGCCAGGCAGCAGCAAAUACUUGGGAGCAAUCAUCACCAUACCAUAUCCGGUUCUCAAACCUUGCUGGAGUGGGAAACAGAGAUGUUGGAUAUUGGUAAUAAAUGA